UUUUUAGCUGAUCUGCUUCUACUGCCGCUCCUCACCAUUUGCGUUUUCUUUGGGGAGACACAGGAAAGCACAGCACAGCACAGCAAGCAAGCGCAGCACACGGAUACUUCAUACUACUCCACGCAUACUCACCACUUACCUACCGCCUCCUCUCUCUCUCUCUCCGUCUCUCUCUCCUCAUCUCUCCCUUUUCCUCUUCCUCGCCUCCCAAAUCUGAAGCCAUUCUUGAGCUUCUGCUUCAUCAGGGGGGCUGGUGUGUGUUCUUUCUUCAUUUCUUUGGAGGGAGGAGGUGAGGUGAUGUUUCGUGUAGCUGCGGGGGUGGCCGAUCCCGGGUGCUGCUGUUCUUGGUGGGUGACCUGCUGCUGAGGAGGGUGGUGGAGGAGAUCUGGAGAUCUCUCAGGAGCAAAGCAUUGACGUUCAACCAUGGAGGCUCCUUCGUCAUCCCCAUCAUCCCCAAGUCUGAAAGAUCACCUCUCUUCGCCAACUGGCCCGUUGCAUCUCAAAGUAUGGGAGGUCAUAUGCAUUGUCUUGGGGGCUUUCAUGGUGGUCAUCUUCUUCGUAACCGUGUGGCUCACAAUCCGGAGUAGGAAGAGGGUUAGACGGGCUUCGGCAAAUAUCCCAAUCACCCAAAUCCCUGUCAUUUCCAAGGAAAUCAAGGAAGUGAGGGUGGAGCAAGUCCCAGCAAGUGAAUAUAUGGCACAUGAUGGAGUCCUGUUGGCGAUCCAAGACAAGUCUAGUGACAAGGAGUCAGACAAGGUCAUGGUCCAUUUGGGUGUAAGCAAAUCGAAGCGUGGUGAUGAGAGCCACUCGGGAUCAUUCCGUUACAUGGACAAGGAUGCAGGAUUCCAGUCAGCUGAUGAAGGAGGGUCAGGAACAUUUCGGCAUAAUUCAGGUCAUGCAAUAACUACCCCGUCACCUUUGGUUGGCCUGCCGGAGUUCUCUUACCUUGGCUGGGGCCAUUGGUUUACUCUGAGGGAUCUAGAAGUUGCUACUAGCCGUUUUUCAAAGGAUAACAUUCUUGGUGAGGGUGGAUAUGGUAUAGUUUAUCGUGGCCAACUGAUCAAUGGCACUCCUGUUGCUGUCAAGAAACUUCUCAAUAACCUAGGACAGGCUGAGAAGGAAUUCAGGGUUGAAGUUGAGGCUAUUGGCCAUGUUCGCCACAAGAACUUGGUCCGGCUUCUGGGUUACUGCGUGGAGGGUACUCAAAGAAUGCUUGUCUAUGAGUAUGUAAACAAUGGAAACCUAGAGCAAUGGCUUCAUGGAGCUAUGAGUCACCGUGGUUUCCUUACAUGGGAGGCCCGCAUAAAGAUUCUUCUUGGGACAGCUAAAGCGCUUGCUUACUUGCAUGAGGCAAUUGAACCCAAAGUGGUGCACCGCGAUAUCAAAUCCAGCAAUAUUUUGAUUGAUGACGAUUUUGAUGCCAAAGUAUCAGACUUUGGUUUAGCUAAACUUCUUGGUGCUGGCAAGAGUCAUGUCACUACUAGGGUUAUGGGAACCUUUGGCUAUGUGGCACCAGAGUAUGCAAACACUGGACUCUUGAAUGAAAAGAGUGACAUUUACAGCUUUGGAGUAGUUCUCCUGGAGGCAAUUACAGGGAGGGAUCCUGUUGACUAUGGUCGUCCAGCGAAUGAGGUAAAUCUGGUUGACUGGCUAAAAAUGAUGGUUGCUAGCAGGCGAUCAGAGGAGGUGGUGGAUCCCACCAUAGAGACACGACCUUCGACAAGAGCUCUGAAGCGUGCACUUUUAACAGCUCUGAGAUGUGUGGAUCCAGAUUCAGAGAAGAGACCAAAGAUGGGUCAAGUUGUGAGGAUGCUGGAAUCGGAUGACCCAAUUCCUCGUGGGGAUAGAAGAUCAAAACACAACCAUGGAGGGAGCACUGAAAUGGAUUCCCAAAGGGACAACAACUCUGACACGGACAAGAGUGACAAUCCAGAUUCCAAGCCGAGGAGCAGAGCCUCAUCUUCCAAAUGAGACCAUCCAUCAUUCCUCUCCUAUCAUAUUCCUUUUGGUCCAUAAUGGACCUUCCAUGCUGACGAAUUGGUAACCGCAAAUUGCUGAAGCUUUGAAUACAAAAAGAGCUCGAAGACACAUUGGUUCGCAUUCCUUCUUUCUUUUUUUCCUCUCUUCUUUUUUGUGGCUGUAACGGUUUAUGAUUUCUUUGUAGAGAAGGUAUUGGUUUUUCCACUUAUGAAAAUAUAUAUAUAUAUACUCAUAAACUUAACGGUGGUGUUGACAAUUUGUUGUUGUAAGUUUUUAACAGUGUGUACAGUUGUAGCAUUAUGAAUACUGGUCGAACAAGAAUAUUUGUGAAUGAAAAAAUUCCAAUUGAAUGCCUCUGCCCGUUUUGAAA